UUCAGUGUACCGCUGGCCGCCGCACAUGUGCCUCCGCUCCAUCCGUCUGCGAUGAUGGCCUGCUUCGGCCCGCUGUUGCUGCCUCCGCGGCCGCCCCCGGCCCGCAACAACCCCGCCGCCGCCGCCACCCCCAACAACAACAACAGCAACAACCGGCUGGUGGCCCGGCGUCGCAGCUCGAGCACGUGCCGGCCCCCGCUGCCCCCGGCGCUGCCCCCGCUGUCGUCGACCUACCUGAGCUUCGACGACGAGGUCGAGUUCGACGAGAUCAUCCCCAAGUCGCCCCCUGUGUCCUUCUACGAGCACAACCCCCCACGCGCCAACUUCAGCCUGCUGCAGAGGUCGCACUCGGAGGGCAACCUGCGCAACCUGGGAACAGGUUUGCCCGUGCAGCGGACCUUCAACAAGUGCAUCAGGGCCCUCAGCGGCAGCUGGAAGAAUCUGCUGCAGGGGCUCAACAAGCCGGACAAGAUCGAGCCUCCCAAGGGGUCGCUCACGCCGCUGCCCCCCAGAAAUCCCACCCUGAACCUCAACAACCUGCUCAACGCGCCUUCUGUCACCGUGGGCGGCAUGAGUCGGCCGCCGAACAAGCAGCCUGCCCAGGUGAAGAAGGUGGCUCCGCCGUCAGUACCUGAAGUCUACCGCCAUUCUGGGAGCAGUUUUGGCUCGGCAGGCUACAGCAGCAGCGAGGAUGGCUGCUUUCUGCCGCCCCCGGACCCCAGCUUACGAGACGAGCAGCACUCGGGACCCGGAGACCCUGCGUACCCUGGCAUUCAGGGAAAGUCACCUGGCGCCCAGUUCAACUAUCCGGCCUUCACUUUUCCAGGCCCGCAGCAAUUCACGCAGUUGUCCCACGCCAAAGCGUCCUACUUCCACCAGCAGGAGGAUCAAGGAAUCGACAUGACCCAGAGUCCCGGCAGAGACAGUCCUGGUUCGUCUGGUUCCGGCUCGAGCAGCGGAGGCUGUCGCCACAGCACUGCAAGCUUGGACAGUGGACGGGCCUCGGGCUACCUGCCUUGUCCGACCAACGCCACUCGGUCCUCCAUGCUGGACAGUCCGAGGUGCUCGCUGUCCUCGUCGUCCAUCGGCAGCGACCACGCCACCGCAGCCACCAGGGUAGAGAGACUUCUUAAGCAAGGCGUUCCGGACCAGGACGCGAUGCACGCUUGGCUGAUGGACCUGCACUUUGAAGAGUACUUCCCUCUGUUCGCCAACGCCGGCUACGACAUGGCCAUGGUGGCGAGGAUGACCCCAGUGGACUUGACUGCUAUCGGAAUCAAGAAGCCAAACCACCGGAAAAAGCUCAAGGCAGAAAUCGCCCAGCUGAACAUUCCUGACGGCCUGCCAGACUUCAUACCGGGAUCUCUUGACGAGUGGCUGCGAAUUUUGCGUUUGGAAGAGUACGGGCCUGGGAUGGCCCAACAGGGAUACAAAACGGUUGAGCAGGCGGCACAGCUGGCUUGGGAAGACUUGGAGGAAACGGGCAUCGUCAAACUGGGUCACCAGAAGAAAAUUCUGCUAGCGAUCAAAAGAGUCAAAGACAUCCAGGCGGGCAAAAGACCUUUGCCUGGCUUCCCGCACCAGGAUGUGUUGAUCACGACCGUGGGCACUGACUACUCCUCGCAGCAUGAGUGUUUAACGUCCUCCUCGUUCCAAACUUUCCACCGCAUGGCGCCCUCCUUACAGCAGUUCCAACAGUUGCAGUUGCCAGGCAACGCCACCGGGCAAACCUGGAGUCCCGAUCGGCCCCUGCAGGGCGAGCUCUUCCACAUGCAGCGGCACCAGUUCGUCACCACCGCCCAGAUCUGCAGCUACCCUGAGUUUGUGCCCAUCAAGAUCCGCGGCGCCCGCGGCAAGUCCCUGGAGAGCCUGGAGGGCCAGGAGGAGCAGCCCACCUACUCGACGUUCGGUGCUACCGAGGUGCAGAUCCACCCGAGGCCAAUGGUGCUGGCGCCUGGCCCCGGACCCGCCUGCUGGCGGCCGCGCAGCUACGACGACGGGGACAUCACGCCGACCAACGAGGUGGCCAUGGCCGCUCUGCACGAGGGAGGGGGCACGCUGCCCAGGCCCAGGGGGCUCGCCAAGCCCAGACCCGUGGCCAAGGUGAUGGCAACGCGGCCGCAGCCAAACAACCAGCAGUUUUGCAACCAAGAAAUCAAGACGAUACCUCCGCCGCUGUCCUACAAAAGCCUGCCAAGAGAGUUGACUGAGCGCGAGAAAUAUUUCGUCCAGUUCGACCCGUCGUGUCAAAGACUACCUCCACCGUCGCCUCCGAAACGGUUUCCUAGGCCAGGUAAAACAGGCGAUGGAAUGGAGCAUCCUGUGAUGAGUGGAGAGCCGACCACCAUGGCCGCGGCCAGGCAGCAACUGGAAGCGCUGACCCUGGCCAGCAACCGGCAGCAGCAGCCUCACCAGGGCUGGGACAUGCACGAGACUGAACUCAUCGGCAGCCUUGCCAUGCAGCAAAACAGGAAUGGCUCUGACGCCAGUUUCAAGUCAAGCUCAAGCACUGAGUCUGAUUCCUUGCCGUUUGCUAACGAGAACGCUGGAACAAUAAAGCAAAGAGCGAACAGGCCAAUGCCUCCAAAUCCAGCAGAGUUCUCGUCCCCUAAAAGGGUGCAAAAGUCGCAAUCUGUUCAGGAACCAAGUCCGCUUUCUUAUAGAACGGAUGAGGGCCAGGAACCAGCUGACGUGCUUAACGACAUCGGCAACAUGCUUGCUAACCUGACAGACGAGUUGGACGCCAUGCUAGAAGAGGAAAAAAGGCAAGGUCUCGGAGGCCAAUGAGCACCAUCACUGCCUUCACUUCACAGCCGACGACCUUAACUGCACUCAACAACCACCUUGCACUCGCACCCUCUUUUCCGGAUAUUCUUUAUUAGUUGUCUCGUCGCGAUGGUCUGCAGGGAACCGCACUGCGUUGAAAUGGGAUUUUAAGUGUUUUUUUGUGUUGGCCUCCAUGGGUGUCAUUGUGAUGAAAUUUGUAGACGAACCGCCCUCGACUUUAGCCGGCCAUGCUUCAAAUAAUGUUUUGUAAAGUACUUGAUGUGUUUAACUCUUAUCCCUUUAUGCAGGUUAUUAAAGCUAAACUGCUAGGAAUAACGCUCUAAGCUGCGCAGGAAACCAAACUUGUAACUCUUUCAGGCAUUUUUCAACUUUGUAUACUUUGUACUGUCUUCGCCUGUGGAUAUACAAAUUUUUCAAUCAGGAACUGUGCCAUACACACAAAAAUUUGGGUUUUUAACAGCGUGAAAAACGUCAAAUGUACAGCCGCUCACUGGUUCUGUUCUCUAACCAAAGUAAAAUGGUGGUAUUAAGAGUGUACAGUGAUUAACACGUAAUAAAUCAGAUCCGGUGGGGCCGCUGCCCUCGGCUUUUAUUUUCCAAAAACCGGUUUUUUUAAUAGAUUUUGGCACCAUGUAUCGUCUAAGUUGUUAUCUUGAUAAACAUUUAAAUUAUAUUAGGGUAUAGCAUUAACGGAAAAUAGGAAUGUACAAUACAUAUUAAGGAGGACACUUGUAAAUAGCAGCUAAAAUUACUUGAUAAUAUAAAGACUGGUGUAUCUAAUCCUACUGGAUAUUUCCAUUAUUGUUGUUGCUUAUAUGAUUAAUAUAUAUUUAUAUUCACACAAAAAAAUGAAAGAAAAGAAAAGAAAGCGCGAAAAGCUCGAUUUCUGCCACUUUAAUUCCUCGUCACCCUUUGUUGUUCAUUGUGAGAUUUAAUAAACUUGGCAUCUUGAAUAUUUAAGAAGAAAAAAAAUUACUAUUUAGGGAGAUCGUUUGUAAAAAUACUUUAACCUUUUGUGUCCAUCUGAGCGGGCAUAAAAAUCGAUAGAGGUACACAGCAAUGUGAAUGCAUAAUAAUAUUAUUUUUACUAUUAACCGAUGGUGUACAUGAACAAUUGCUGCUUCAAAAGUACACAACAUUAUGUAGCACAACUCUGUUUAGAGCAGCUCAUUGUAAAGAAGAGAUGGAAUAAAAUAUAAUUAUAAUUAAAACAA